GUGCCAAUCACCAGCUGCGAUAGCUUCACUCCAUGCUCACGCCGCAUGGGCCUGAUCAGAUACGCUGCGCAGAGAUAGGAAGGUCCUUUGCGCGGAGAUAACCUGAAAUGGUAUGAUCGCACCCAGUGGAGUGGCAUGCUAGAAGUCAUACAAGGGUCUUCGCCGGGUGAGUCGGUCCAAUUUAAUCCCUUCUCUUCGCUGCAUCUUCUGAUCUUUUGUUUUCAUUUUCUCGUUCUUUGAAUUCAUUGCGUUGUACGGCGUUGUAAGAUACAUCUCGAUUUCGCUGCAAACCUCAUCAUGGACGAGAAGAAGAGCACCGGGGACGACUCUCCGACCACACCACCCGUUGCCGCUGGACCAGUCAGCACUUACAUCAAACCGCAAGCGCGAUCACCCCACGACGCUGCUGUGACAUUCGAAGAAUACCAUUGGUAUGCGCUGAGGACGAGAGAGGAAGAGAAGACCCUCGAGUCUCCCAGGCUCAACUGGCGCGAAUUUCUGGUUAAAAAGAAGGCCGGACAUGAUGAGAAAGCUCAGGGCGAGACUCAUCUCACAGCAGAAAACUUUGCGAAUGCGGAGAACAGACUCGAGAUCUCCGACGAAGAAUGGACAAAUGCGAGUCGCGCAUUUAGGACGGCGUCGUGGGGAGCUUGUUUCUACCUGAUUACGACCGAUAUCCUGGGACCAUAUGGAGUCGGUUUCUCCUUGGGAACUUUGGGAUGGGGCCCUGGAAUUGCGCUGUACACGGUUUUUGGUUUCAUGGCAGGCUAUUCCGGAUAUCUCAUCUGGCAUGUGUUUUUGGGAAUUGACAGCUAUGAAUUUCCGGCCAGAAACUAUGGUGAUCUUGGAUUCAGAACGUGGGGCACAGCAGCUCGCUAUGUGACAAACAUAAUCCAAGCUUUGGGCCUUUUGUUACUUUUGGGCCAAGUGACGAUCCAGUACGGGGAAAACAUUUCGCAAGUCUCCAAAUUCAAGCUCUGCUAUAUUGUCUGCCCGGUCCUCUUCGUCUGUGUGGGUUUCUUCCUCACCCAGAUCCGAACCCUAAAGGCGUACGGUUGGGUUGCAAACUUAGCUGUGUGGCUAAACUUGCUCGUCAUCUUCAUUACAAUGGGUGUCAUGGCACACUCACCGCCGAACUACUUGAUCUCUACUCUGGGCUCAGCUGGUAGUGCCGUAGACCCAACGACAAUCACACCUGAUGAUGCCGGCAAUUAUCCCCCAAUUGUACAUUACGGUGGACUACCAACAAACAAUUUGGUUGGAUCCAUCAACGGGUUGUUGUCUGGUGUGCUCGCCUACGCCGGAGCCCAACUUUUCGUGGAGUUUUUGGCUGAGAUGAAACGGCCCCGCGACUUCUUGAAGGCUAUGUGGGGAGCACAGUUCUUUAUAUACACCGUCUACCUGAUCUAUGGAUCCUAUGUGUAUCAUUUCCAGGGACAGUACAGCUUCCAGCCUUCGUAUCAAGGUGUUAGUAUCUACGGAUGGCAGACAGCAGGCAACAUGAUUUCCCUUAUUGCAGCACUUAUCGCCGCUGGUCUUUACGGAAACAUUGGCAUCAAAGUGAUGUACAACAACAUCCUAAUGGACAUUUUCAACGCACCUCCCCUUGUUACCCGCCGCGGUAAAAUCUUUUACGCCUCCAUUGUUCCAAUUUGGUGGUCUAUCGCCUUCGUCAUCGCGGCUGCAAUCCCCGAUUACUUUGGCUUUGUGUCUAUCAUAUCUGCGUCUUGUCUGCUCAACUUGACAUAUACUCUGCCUCCAUUCUUUGCUCUCGGCUACGAUUGCCAGAGGAACGCCAUCAGGCUGGAGAACGGAGAAGGCUUUGACCCGGUUACUGGUCAGACCUUCAGAAACGAGACGACUGUGCAGAGAUACAUGAGGGGUUUCAUGAGCGGUGGCCCGAAGCAGGUCGCGAUUAACGUUUGGCAUGUAAUCUAUUUCUUGGCAUCGUUGAGUAUGUGUGGUUUGGGCAUGUAUGCCGCUGUUGAGGGUAUGAUCAUCGCGUUCAGGAACCCACAACUGAACUCGUUCUCUUGUCGAUCACCUUUGAACUUGAAUGCAUAGAAUGGCGAGCGGGAGGAAUGGAGGGGACGAGGUGGCAGCAGAUAUUGGAUGAUGUGAAUAGGAGGCAAUUAAUGCAUAAUGAAGUUGUGAGAUGGGCUUUUGAUGUGUAUCUAAUGGUCAUGACUACUCCCUCAAGAUCUCUUGUGCAACCAGAACCCAAAUUUCUUACGUCAAAUGUGACAAAUUUUACUUGCCAGGGUAAGGGAUCAGACGGGACUGCGACCAGCAGCAAUGCCCAGUCGAAGAACUCUCGUCGUUGCCAGAAAUAUCUGGAAGAACAAGAAAUCGGAUGAAGGGUACUGAGACACACAGCCCACAGGG